AUGCCUGCAUCGCAAGCUGCCGUAGCCGCCUUGCAGUCCAGAAUAUGGAACGGAUCAAUACCGCUGGAGAUUCGGCUGGCCGCAUCAGAUUGUCGGACUUAUGACAAAAGCGAGCCUUAUUUCGUGCAGUAUCCUCGACUGUCGUAUCUGGCCUUUCUGCUACCGAGACUACACGCCAAUUUCGUCCCGGACCUGAUCAAUCCGGAAGUUGGCUUUUACGAUGCUUGGCUCUCGUUCGAGGAUGUUCCGCUGAAAUGGCAUCUACCCGCAGGCCUAUUAUAUGACCUCUUUGCUGGGGUGGAACCAUUCCCGUUAGAUGCAUCGAGCAAAGCCGAGGUCAGCAAGUCUGCCAAUCCGGAAGCUGAGGCACCUGCGAGCGUCGAGUGUCUUCCGUGGAAAUUGACAGUACACUAUUCCGAUGUUCCAGACGGGCAACUUAUACAGCUUGAUCCAGAUUUGAGAGCGAUGCAGGAUACAUUCAUCAACGCUGUCAAGGAAGCAGACUACGUCAGAAAUGGGACAGCCAGGACGGUCAUGUCUUUGAGCAAAGACGAUUCCGACAACUUGUGGCUUGCAGUUCAGAAGCACAACCGUGACAUGUUCAAUGUCGUCAAUAACAAGCUGCUGAAUCCACCAGGAAUCGAGCUUCGGCACAUCCCGGUGAAGAUCUAUCUGCCCACAUCAGCGAAUCAAGACACCACCGACACGAUCGAAGAGGAGCCCAAAGCUGGUCAGCUGCGAGUCGUUCAGUCUUUGGUGCCUCUGAGGCAGGAGGAUAAGAAACCCCAAACGCUUGGUACGGCUCUUCAUGGUAUAUUACCCACGAUCUUUCCAUCGCGGAGGAAUCCCAUCUACGCGAGUGCCGUGCUGCAUGGAGCCGUGGUACCAUUAUCUGCCCAGAUAGAUGAUCUGGGAAAAGCGGCAGCUUAUCCAGACGGAUUUUUGCACGUGGCGUUGGUCAUGCAUGGCUGA